UACCUUCCAUACUACACACCUACUACCAUACUAAACACCUGUCAUCAUACUACACAUCUGUCACAAUAAUACACCUCUACCGCCUCACAUCACACACACAUACACCGAGCACUUUGUUUCCAGUAAUCCGCUUCACAUGUUUAGUAGCCAUUAACUAUGGGUGCCAUACUCAGUCGUGUUGUGGGGGAGAUAUGUCACCACAAUUAUACACCCACGUGAUUGUUGCUGUUGUUGAUAAUUGUUAUAUUUUGUUUACUCUUACGGUAUAAAGCACAAUAAUAAUGCUCAGGUCAGUUUUGUAGUGUACGUUUGUAUGUUAAUAAAUCUUGGUAUUUUCAGGGAGUAAUUAUAACAUGUCAGAGAGACUUGAGAGGGGCGAGUUAGGGAUAUUCUGUACCUGAAGUGAACAGUAAGAACGUGUUGACUAGUAAUGGUCAGUCUUGAUGAUAAUGAUGACGAGGAAAAUUAUGCCAGUUGAGAACCUUAAGUACACAAAGAUCUUAAACUUGGACUCAGUGACAGUUGUUAUGAACAUGACGAUAUUACGUGAAGGAGAAGUUAACUAGAAAAACAACAUGUGUGGAGAUACAAACAGGGUGUAGAUACCGAGGACCAGGGGACCCCAGCGUUAGUUUGGUGACACGACAACAUAAUCCCCGGCGACCUCACGUGAACCAGGCGAAAAACACGGUCACCUGUGGCCCUCCUGGUGCUGCCUGGCUGCCUGCGUCCUGUGAGCUCAUCUCCUCUCUCUCCUUCUCAUCCUACUCCUCCAGCUCUCUCCUGCUGCCAACCCCGACUUAGUACCAGUACUGUCCUGCUGUCAACCCCGACUUAGUCCCAGUACUGUCCUGCUGUCAACACCGACUUUGUACCAGUACUGUCCUGCCGCCAACCCCGACCUAGUUUUAGAUGUUCAGCUUCCAACCCCGACUUGCCAGUCCAGACUUAGUUCCAAUUGUUCUGCUGCCAACACUUGUCUUAGCACCAGUAUACAGUCUUGCUGCCAACCCUGAUUUAGUUGCAGUUUUGUUCUGCUGUCAACAUUGACUUAGUUCCAGUUUUUCUACUGCCAACCCCAACUUAGUUGCACUUCAGCCCUACUGCCAACUCUGACUUAUUUACAGUUGAGCCAAAACACACCACUUCAACACACUUCACCUAACUCACCAUCCCUGUCACGGCAGCUGUGACCGUGGCGUGUGGUGUGGGUGCGCGUGUGUGUGUGUCACGACUGUGCACCACUGCAGCUGUGUCUGGGGUGAAGGGACGCUGCAGCUCUCACUAUCUAGUUGAAGAUCGUCUCGCUCAUACCUUGCUUCAAGAAGAUAUUGAAGAGUAACACACUGAAGUUUACUGGCCUGGUGCAUGAGGUAGUGUUGUGGUGGAGGUUGGAGAGUAAGCAGCCGUGGUGGGAGGGUUGACGCCGCAGGAACAAGAGGCUAUAGGUGUUGACAGUAGUGUAGGACCACCAGUUUCCUCCUGUGUUGGCGCGGAGCAGAUCAUGUCAGUAGGUGUUCUUCCAGGUCGACGAUUCUUUCACUGGGAGAGUGCCAGCAAACCCGCCCUCAACCGCUGUGGUUACCGCUCCACAUCACCCCACCACCCCACAGCCGCUGCCGCAGUCUUACCUCACCUACACCACGGCCACUACCCGUGUCCCCACCAUCACCACCUGCGUCAUCAUCACCGCGCACGACGACGUCACUUCACUGGUGAGUCUCCACCGUGGCCGAGGCGCUCUAGCGAAGUCUCUCCGCCCUCAAUUGCCUCAUCGUGGCACACCGACACCUCCAGCUUGUUGACCAGUGAUUCAUUUAGUGGCGGAAGCUCCACACUAAGUGCUGACGGCACCAACAUCACCACUGACACUCUCUUCGUCUCCCACAACGCCCUCCUCAGCGCCGCCAGGAUGUCAUCCACAGGUGCUCCCAGGAGCACCAUGGAGGGGAACGGCGGAACAUCGACAGCGGCGGCACGGGAGGUGAAGCAGUACUUGAACCGCACCUUGUUCCCUCGUCCCUCCUCCACUCUACACGGCUAUGCCUCCCUCUACCACCGCCUCAAGAAGCUGCCGGGGUCACACAGGAAGACUCGCCAGCAGGGUAAGGCGUCGCCAACGUCAGGCUCAGAUUCAGGGUCAGGGGGGCUGCGGCAAGAUGACCAAGGUGGUUCCGAUAUGGAUGAUGUGGACAUCGUAGAGGAUAAGCUCCACUCACCUCCCCGCAUCGAGAUCCACAUCUACGUGCCCACCGCAGCCGCAACCACAGCCGCAGCCACCGCACCCCCACACGAGGAAGAUUCUGCUAUACCAUUCUGAACAUAUAAACAGUAUAUAUUAGCUCUAGAAUCAUGUCUUAAACGGAGAUACAACAACACUUUCUCCUAUAAGCUGCCGUGCGUGUGCGCCGAGUCAAAAGAAGCGUCUUAAAUUUUCCUUGAAAACUACAGUCCACGGGAAAAUACUCUAUCAUUGAUGUUUUAAUAAACUUCUGUAACAAGGUAUGUGAAGUUAUAUUGAGAAAAUUAUGUGUUAUGUUGAGGUGGUGCGUGUGUAAGUGUGUGCUGGUGAUGACAGCGGCACGUGAACAAUAAUGAUGGUGAUCAGUACCUCCCACAGUUGUGUUAUAUGUUACAUCACUUGUUACAGUCAGUUCCUUCUCCGUGUUUAGGUGUAUAUAUAUUUUUAGCGUCCAGUAGUGAAAGAAGCCAUAAGAAGUGAUUCUCAGAAAUAUAAAUCCCAGUUCUUGUGACUGUAAAUAACGUGACAGCGGUUUUAAUAUUUACUGGUGUUCACUGACCAAACACACCGACGGGGGAUGAGUCAGGAUGUGUCUAUAAAUGACGUCAUCUACACUCAGGUGUGUCCAGUAGUGUGCGUUGGUACAUUAAUGAAUUGAGUAUAAAUGAAGCUGUGAGCUCAGUAGUAGAGAGGCUCCUACUGGCAAUGUGCCCUCAGCUUCACUGCGGUGCGCUCACUCAGCCAGCCAUUUCUGAGGAACAUUCACAGUCGUGUCUUAACUGUUGCACUCCCUAAAACCCUGCAUGUUUUUUCCAGAUUGAAAGACAAUUCAGACCUCAGGUUUAUAAAGAUUCGUAAGUUGAGUUUCUCCGUAGCUGGAGGUGUAGAAACACACCUAAUUGGUUGAUUUUAAACCAAAGUGCAAAAAUAACUAUAAGUUCGCUCGGCACCACAAAAAAACAAAAACAAUCUUUGUG